AGGUCUGCAGCGGGACCCGCCGGGGAAACACACGCUUUUCAGAGAGCUCCGGGAAAAAAACACCCUCCUCUGCUCUCCUUCAGCGGUGGACGCGCAGCGCAGAAGCCCACGCCACAGGAGCCGUUUUCUGGGGUGUUCGGUGAAAGAUGAGGAGUCCUCCGGGCCCUGGCCGCUGAGCAGCUGAGGGUCAGAGUCCAAGCGCUUGCUCCAGCAGUCAUGGCGGACAGAGAGGGGCUUCCCAUCGGCCCGGGCCAGGUCUACGUCGAGGUGGAGUACGACUAUGAGUACAAGGCCAAGGACAAGAUGGUGAGCAUUCGUCAGGGAGAUUGUUACAUGCUGGUGAAGAAGACCAACGAGGACUGGUGGCAGGUGAGGAAGGAGGAAGGUGCAAAAGCCUUUUAUGUGCCCGCGCAGUACGUCAGGGAGGUGCGGCGGGCGCUGAUGCCCCCCCAGAAGCCUGCCUUGAGAGCCAAGCCCACCGUUCUGGACAUCUGCCGGGAAUCCAACGAGAACCUCAACAGGCCUCAGCCGGAGAUGUCCAGCUUUGGCCGCCCGUCGCCUUCCUCCACCCCCUCGCCGUCCUCCGACCGCGUCACGCCUCCCGUCCUCCCCAAGGACCCCAACCAGAACCUGGGGAGUCCGCACCACUGCAAGCUGGUGGCAGAGCUAGUUCUCCUCCACAACAACAACAACCAUCACCACAGCAACAACUCGUCGUUGCCGCGGACGCGAGCCGAUUCGCCUCCGCUCAGAGCGGGGAGCGGCCACAACAAAAGUCCGGACAGCGACAAGAGCCCGGCUCUGAGCGAGGCACCAGGAGAGGGGUCCACCAAGCACCGCAACGACUCGGAGUCCGGGGACGAGCUGAGCAGCAGCUCAACAGAACACAUGCAGACAACGUCACCCACAGGUCCGGGCCGCUCAGACUCGCCGGUCUACACCAACCUCCAGGAGCUGAAGAUCUCUCAGUCCAGCCUGCCGCCCGUCCCCGCAGGCUCCCCGCUCCACGUCCUGGGGGACUGGGAGACCCACAAAGACCUGAGCGGCAGGUACUUCUACUACAACCGGACCAGCGGAGAGCGCACCUGGAAGCCGCCGCGCUCCAGAGACACCUGCAGCAGCACCAGCAGCGUCCGAGGAGAGAGCCAAGGCACGGCGGAGAGCGAGCCGCUGUCCUCAGAGGAAAACUACCACAGCACCCAUUCCAGCCAGUCUGACAGCCAGUACGGAUCGCCCCCUAGAGGCUGGUCAGAGGAGCUGGAUGAACACGGACACACCCUGUAUGUGUCUGAAUACACGCAGGAGAAGUGGAUCAAACAUGUGGACGAGCAAGGCCGGCCGUACUACUACAGCGUUGAUGGAUCCAGGUCAGAGUGGGAGCUGCCAAAGUACAACAUCUCCCCUCAGUCCGGAGAAGUUCCUAAGAGUCGGAGUUUGGAGAGGAAGCAGCCAGAUCCCAUCGUCCUCACCAAGUGGAGGCACAGCACCUACGUCUUAGACCUCAACGACAAGGAGUGUGCUUCAGCGCCCAAGCAGAGCUCUCCAGACUCUGACUCCUGCCCAUCAUCUCCCAAGCACCCUUCAACCCCCUCAGAGAAGUGCGGAGUCCUCAAUGUCACCAAAAUCACAGAGAACGGAAAGAAACUCAGGAAGAACUGGACGUCUUCCUGGACCGUGCUGCAGGGGUCCUCCCUCCUCUUUGCAAAGGGCCAGGGGGGCAGCACCUCCUGGUCUUACUACCGCAGCGGCUCCAUCCCAGAGCUGCUCCUCACUCUUCUUAGCAGCUGGAAGCGCUCAGUCAAGCCCCGCCCUGCUGUCUCCUAUGUGAACUGUCGGCCUGUGCAGGCUGCUGCUAAGUUUGGCAGCAAUCAGUCCAAGCCCGAGUUCACCGUGGACCUGCGCGGCGCGUCGGUGGAGUGGGCUUCCAAGGAGAAGUCGAGCAAGAAACACGUCAUCGAGCUGAAGACCCGUCAGGGCACAGAGCUGCUGAUCCAGUCUGAGAUCGACAGCGUCAUCAAUGACUGGUACCGGGCCCUCACGGAGGCCAUCAACACGCAUGCGUGGGAGUCUGAUGAAGCCAUAGAGGAGGACAUGCCCGAGUCUCCGGGAGCUGAGAAACAGGACAAGGAGAAGGAUCACCGCGAUUCCAAGAAGAACAGAGUGAUGAAGACCUCUGUGAGCAUGGACUCGUCAGACCAGAAGAAGACCAGGAUGAAGCUCAAGAAGUUCCUCAUCAGGCGGCCCACCUACCAGGCUGUCCGAGACAAAGGAUACAUCAAAGACCAGGUGUUUGGCUGCAGUCUGAGCAGUCUGUGUCAGCGAGAGAACACGUCUGUGCCCAACUUUGUCAGGAUGUGCAUCGACCACGUGGAGAACACAGGUCUCAGCGUUGACGGCCUGUACAGAGUGAGCGGCAACCUGGCGGUGAUCCAGAAGCUCCGCUUUGCUGUGAACCACGAUGAGAAGGUGGAGCUGGACGACAGUAAGUGGGAGGACAUCCACGUCACGACCGGCGCUCUCAAGAUGUUCUUCAGGGAGCUUCCUGAGCCUCUCUUCACAUACGGAUCCUUCAGCGACUUUGUGAACGCCAUCAAAUGCUCCGACUACAAGCAGCGAGUGAAUUCAGUUAAAGACUUGAUCAAGAAGUUGCCAAAGCCCAAUCACGACACGAUGCAGGCGCUGUUCAAACACCUGCGCAGGGUGAUAGAGCACGGAGAGGCCAACCGCAUGACCACACAGAGCGUGGCCAUCGUCUUCGGGCCCACGCUGCUGCGGCCUGAGACGGAGACCGGGAACAUCGCCGUCCACAUGGUCUACCAGAACCAGAUCGUGGAGCUGAUCCUGCUGGAGUAUGACAGCGUGUUUGGGAGGUAGAAGAGGCAGCGCCUCCCCGGACUCCCACACGCACACCUCCUUCCCUCCUCCCUUCGUUUGACUGAGCUGAACAGUGCCGUGGACCAAGCAGCGGAGGAAGACGGAAACACGACGGUUUACAGAAUUGUUGCACUUACAAAGAGUCUGGGGACGAGUUUAGGAAAUAAAAAUAGAUGUAUAGAUGUCGCCCGUUUUUCCCCGUUUUAUUUUAUUUUUUUUUCCCAGUUGCCAUUCCUGCUGCGUGUAGCGGGCCGGGACGAGGGGCAGGCUUUCCGAGUGUUGCCGUGGUGAUGUGUGGCCGUCUGUGUGAGUUGGUGAAUUUUGAGUGUUUACACAUACACUGGAUCUUUGUGGCCAGUAUCUGGAAGCAGAGCCUCCUUUUUAACUCCUGGUGGGAUGGGGCUGUACCUGAGAGGGUGAGGGAGAAAUGAUCGGUGCUGAGGGGACGGCGUUGUGGCGCUGGGGCGGCCCACCCUUAACCCUCUUUAACAGCGUGAGCCAUGAACUCUGAAUGUUGGAGAUGGACGGACUCGCCCUGAGCGGUUACCAACCGUGUCCGGCUGCUGUGGAGUUCCAGCUGAGCUCCUCGCCCUCUUCCUGGACUGACUGGACUAUAACAGAGAGCGGAUCAUCAUGAACAGCGGAUCUCCUCCUCGCUAAGCUAAUAUUAAAGAGCAUUCAGAGAAGCGUGGCAGCGGAUGCUGUAUGGGUGUGUUAAAAUAAAACUAGCCUUUGAACACAUUUCAGAGCAAUUGUACAGGUCGUUGUAAAAAAACAAAAAAACCAGAUGUGUUCCUGUGACUGAGGUGUGUAUGCUUUGAUGGUGAACCAGUGAAAGAUUGUGAAUUUAAACAUAUAAAGCAUCAAAUGUGGGGGAAGAAGCGCUGAUGGACUGGUGGUUUUGUUUGCAGGUGUAUGUGAGGUGUUUGCGCAUGGUCAGCUGCACAUUUUGAAUGUAAUUUUCCGGCUAACUGCUGUUUGUGAAUUGCUAUGUCUAAUAAAAGAGACAAACUAAA